CCAGAUACCGCAGGCUGGGGAGGGGAGAGGCGGGGCGGGUUGGCCGGGGCCGGGCCGGAGGCGGUGGCGCUGUGGCCCGCCCAUCGCCUCACGUCUCCUCCCCGGGCGGGCGGCCGUUGGAGGCGGCGCCGGGGCUGGCCGGGCCCGCCAUGCCGAAGCGCUCCUGCCCCUUCGGGGAGGCGGCCCCGCUCCAGCUGAAAACCCGCGUAGGGCUGCGGGAGUUGAGCCGCGGCGUGCGGGGCGAGGAGUACCGCCGGGAGGUCUUCGAGAGGACCCGGCGGCUGCUCUUCAGGGGGGCCCAGGCAUACAUGGAGGGCGCCUGGCCCGCCGGCCCCGCCGCCACCUGCGCCGUCAGCCGCUCGCCGGAGCCGGCCGCGGAGGCGCCGGAGAGCGGCGCGGGUCGCGGCUGGAGCGGGCAACUACUCAUCGGCCACGACGGGAAGCUGCUGAGGCGCCCCGUCGCCACCGGGAAGGCCCCCCCCGUGGGAGUUUCCAAAGCCUGCUCGUCCUGUGUCAGAACGGCCGAUGUGAAGGAAGCCUGUACGCAGUGCGAGCGGUUCGUCUGUCAGAGCUGCAGCAGGCUCUGUGGCUGCUGUAACGCCGUUACCUGUUCUCUGUGCUCCACUAUUGAUUAUGGUGAUGUGGGAGAGCAAGUUCUCUGCAAUGGUUGUUCCAUAUUUCAAGUCUGAAACUUGAUGGCUAGGAUGUCCAUAAAUUUCAUGAAUUCUCCUCCUUACGCCUGGUCAAUUAAUCCUUUUAGCAUGUGAAAUUAUUAUGGAAUUUCUAUGUUUUAUAUCUUUAUAUUGUACUUUUUAAUAUUGUAGCUAAAUAAACUUUUAUAUUUUGAGGA